AUGGAUUGUCUCAUCUUCAAAACAAGAACCGAGGGGUUCCACUCUCUUGGCGUAUAUCAGUCUCUAAAGAAGGUAGUAAAGCAUGAAGGUGUCAUAGGAUUUUACAAAGGCAAUGGAGCAAGUGUUUUUCGAAUUGUUCCCUAUGCGGCAUUGCAUUUCAUGACAUAUGAGCAAUAUCGGUGUUGGAUUUUGGAUAACUACUCUGCCUUGGGAACGGGGCCUGUUAUUGAUCUUUUGGCUGGUUCAGCAGCUGGAGGAACAGCAGUAUUAUGCACGUAUCCCUUAGAUCUGGCUCGUACUAAACUUGCUUAUCAGGUUAGUAGCUUGCAUUGA